AUGGAGCUUAGAGAGAUUGUUCUUCAAUUUCCUAAAGUUUGGGAGAAUAUGGUGAAUGCUGGCAGAUUCAAAAUGACUACUAUGUAUGCAGCUAUAACCAAAGGUGAUGAUAGAGUGAGGUGGAGACAUUUAUUUAGGAAUAAUGAAGCUAGACCUAAGGCAUUGCAUACGACAUGGAUGACAUGCCAUGGGAAUCUUCCUACUAAGGAGAGAUUGAAGAGAUUCCAUAUCAUAAAUGAAGACAUCUGUAUUAUUUGCAAUUUGGAGAUUGAAAUUGCUGAGCAUUUAUUCUUUAACUGCAGGAUAGCCAGUGAUAUUUGGAAAGGAGUUUUGCAGUGGAUGGAUGUUAUUCAUCAACCGAAAGGUUGGGAUGAAGAGCUUUACUGGGUUUUAAAGUCAUCAAGGAAGAAAGGUUGGAGAGCUAGGGUGUUGAAAUUGGCUUUUGCUGAGAUAAUUUAUGGUGUCUGGUAG